UGACCGCCAUCAUCGCAGUCGGCUGUAAAAGUGAGGUUUUGUUUUUUCUCUGAUGAAAAAGCUUUUGUUUAUCUGCAAGUUUUUAUCAAUUUCCUCACUGUCUUGGCUCAAUUAGUGAAAAAAAUAGUUAAACAAAAUUCAAAGGAGUGUUUUUUGUUGAAGUUAUGGCAAAUAACUUGGAACAUGAGCUCAUUCAGCUGUCUGAAAAUGCCGCCUCCGGCACAAUCACUGUCCGGAAACAGGCUGUCGAAAAACUGAGUCUCCUCCUGGACAGUUCAGACGCGAGGGAUGUGGUUUCUCGGAAGACAUCGAUGAAUUUCGAUGCACAGCAUCUUCUUGACCAUGUCCUCCAGGGACUUUGUAAGCAAGUGGAAAAGUAUUCCCGUUCGCAGAAGGCUGAUAAGUGGCUCACUGUCUUCACAGGAUGCAUUCAGAAGAUCAUGGACAUAGUCGCUGGACAUCUGUACCUUGUCGAUAGUUCCUAUAUCAUUGGAAGAUGGAUUUCCAUCCUUGAGGAUGAGAACUUAUUGAUCUUCUGCGGACACCAAUUUAUUCAAACCUUGGACAGCUAUAUUACCAAGAACAGCUUAACACUGAGCAGGAUCAAACUCGAUCAGUGGAAUGACCUUUUGAACAUUCUCGUGGAUCUCUAUCUCGAGGAGAAUUCCAUCCCGAAACUUAUCAUUCUCCAGAGUGUGGGAAAAGUCCUCGAAGAAGGUAUCAAAAACAGCUACAUUCUUAUCCAUUUGCCUCCGUUCGUUGAGAAAUUUGUGGAAAUGUUCUUAGUGGGAAAUGAUGAAUUGAUCAAGAGAGAUGCUUUGAGUAUCAAUUAUACCAUCUGCAAAGCUCUAGCAGUUCAGAAUACUUACCUUGUAGCCAAGCAUUGCCGGAAAAUGCUAGAAGAGAUCAUUAACUGUUACUAUUCGAUACGACAUGAUGAUAUCCGAGAGCUAACUUUCAAGUUCUUCCACUUAAUUCUGAUCCUCAAAACUGUCCCUGGAGAUUCAGAUACUUCAACGGAUGACGAUGAUGGCUCCUGGAGUAGACUCAAACUGAAGAUGUUUAAUAUCCUGGACACAGAGAUGAAAAAGCUUGCCCAGGAAAAUGAUGGCAAGAGGAGAUUUUCUGUGUCGCCUUUUCUGGUGAAAUUUGGAGCUUGUUUGUAUGUUGAUUUGGUCAGGAGUAAGUUUAUUAGUAGAUCUGGAAGGGGAACGGAAGAGCAGGCGAGGAAGCGGUCAAAAUUCAAUGAGACCUUCCAGGGUAUUGUCGAGAUGGUCUGGAUCUCUGGGCAGGAAUUUGAUUUGGGUUGGUUCUGUGUUCUCUGUGAGAUUAUCGAGAAUGGGGAUAUUGAGUUGCACUCGGAAGAUCUUGAGAAGGUGAUUGAGCUACUGGUUGAGAUUCAGGGUAAUCUCAAGGUUGAUACUCUCAUGGAGUAUUUUUGUAAAUGCUGCAGAAUUCUUCUUAAAAGAGUGAAAAAUAUUCCCAAGUGCCGAGAAGCUUUCCUGACCAUUUCUCAGAGGAUUAUCAGAGGCUCCACAAUUGAUGGACAUGCUGCAGAUUUGGUCAAAUUGGUGAUUAAUUCAGGGUUUAUUCCACUUGAUCAGAGGGUGAGGAUUGUCAGUGAUUUUCUGGGCAGGAAGGAGUCCAAGGCAGAGAUGGAAAUCCUCAUUGCUGCCUUCAAUGAUUCCAAUACCAAAGAGCUUUUCUUCUCGAAGAAUCCUCUAAAUACCCUUUCGGGAUGGAUAAAUUCCUCUCCGGAAGUUGUUGUGAGAUUGCAGCCAAAUCUACUGGCUCAGAUGAUUGUUGUCUUUGUGAUGAAUUCCGUGGAAAUUGAUGGAAAUUGUCCAGGAAGUGAGAAAAAAUCAAAGACUGAUGCAAAGAAAUACAAUGAAGAAAUUCAGGAGAUUCAGAUUGAUUUGGAGCACAAGUUCCUUCUGAAAUUCCUCCAAAAAACUAAUGAGAUAUACAAUAAAGUUUCCCGGAAUGAUCAAAUAAGUCUCAUUCAUCUCAGACAACUCAUGGAAAGUCUUCCGGAACUCCCUGCUAACAUCCCAACUGAAGUUGCAGCUCUCUACUUCACUAAACGCGCAGAAAUUUUCCUCCAAGUUCACAAUACUAUUAAAAAGUUUUCCCUAGAAGGUGUUGAAGCUUUCCUGGACAUGCUACGAUCCCAAGUGAUCAAAGCUGUGAAGGAAAUUGAGAAAUGUCUGACGGAAAAGAAGCGACAGCUCUCCAGGAUUCACAUUCCGAAUGUCAUUGAGAGGCUCAAAAAUCUCUUCAGGGAAGAUUCUCUUGGCCUCACGGUAGAUUGUGAAGUUUCCGGGAUUAUAAAGUAUGUUGCAGAUCAUUUCCGGAACUGCUAUUCUCAUCUCCAGGGUUCCAAUGAGGAAGCCUAUCGAGUUAUCCUCACGAAUUGUUUGCAAUGCUUGGUCUACCUUCAUAAUUUCCACUCCAUAAGAGCUGAUGGUGCAUUCCAGAAGAUUUCCGAGGAUUUCCCGGAUUCUGACACAAAGACAAAGUGUAGAAUCCAUCUUGAUGUCAUUAGGACAAUUUCCCAGCAGCCCUACAAUGAUUCCCUGGCUGAAUGGGCAUGCACAGAAAUUCAAGAUCUCACGAGAAAGUUUAUCAGAAGUCAGGAUAUUACUGAAGAUAUCCUGACAGUUAUUCAGGAUGCCACAGUUUACUUCAAGUCUGGUCAUCCUGAUUACCUACAGAAUAUUCUCGAACUGCUAACACGGCUCCUCGGAGCCUCACUGAAGCAACAAUAUCGACCACAGACGGCAAAAUAUCUUGUAAAGCAGAUCAUUCAUUUGUUCAGGAAUGGCAUGGCUGAGGAUCAUGAUACAGCAGACACGUUUAUAGAAGUUCUGAAGAGAUUCCUCAAAUCUCCGAUUUACAGUAUUCAGUUGAUGGUUGUGAGGGCAUUUGUGGAGAUUUUUUCCGAUGGGAAAAAUAUUGAUUUUGAACACUUCCCAAAGGAAGAUCUGACCAAUUUUUUCAGUGCUCAAACUCCUGACUCUGGAGAUGCUGCCAAUAAUAAAUUGUCCAUCAUAGUGCAGCUUUUCCAGGGGCUAUUUGUCAAUUCCCUGCCAGCAAGAAGGUUCAUUCUCUUCGAAUUCGCCCAGAUGAUUUCACGAAAGGAUGUUGAUGAUGCCAUUCUGCAACGUCUUCACAAUGCGCGCUUCAAUGAGCAGGCGGCAAUUUUCACGAAGUACUUGGAGUACUGUAUGCCGGACAUGGUGGAGUUGUGGUCACGUCAUGAGAAGCCGAUUGAGAGACUUCCAACGAACAUCACUGGUUUGGCUACUCGUGGUGAUUUCAUGGACAAAUACCGGACAAUUUUUCCCAAAUUUCUCAUCUAUUACAGCCAGGAAAGCUAUAUUAAGCAUUUGGGUGAUCCUGGAACGUACAAACCCAAAGAACUUGCUAAAAAUUCCCUUCCAGACUGCCUACCAUUCAUACUUUCAGGGCACAAUGCCAAGUGCCGGAAAAUGAGGGAGUUUUUCGUGAAAUAUUUUGGCAAUAUUGAUGAGUUCACGAAUCAAAAUGCUUCACAUAUCCUUCAGAAGCUUUUUGAGAAUUUCUGGGAUGUCCAGGAGUACGAAAAACUCUAUGGAUUUCCUCCAAAUGAACUCAUGACAUCAGAGUUUGUACUCAAUUGUGAGCAAUUUCAAAAGUGCCUCGAUACACUCAGCAUGGAGUACUCAGAAUCUAGCAGAGACCUCUUUAAAAGUCUCUGUCAGAGGGAACCUUUUGAGAUUGUUAAAAUUCUCAUGAGACUCAAGGAAGCGAUUUAUCUUGCUCCAGAAACAAUGGAAAUGUUGCGUCCAACUCUUCGUUUUAUUCAUUUUGCCAGAAAAGUCACUCAGACCAUUGAUGAUGAUAUCACUGAAAUCACUGCCAAAGAUUUCCUUUUCUCAGAAAUUGCAGGAUUCCUCUUGAAUCUCAUAUCUGGAAUAUCCUUUUCAGAUUCCAUUACAGUGGCACUACUUGUAGAAUUUCAGAGUUUUCUCGAACAGAAUUUCCACAAGACUCUCCAGGGAGUUCAAAAUCAAUUGGAAUUCAUUGUUGAGAAACUCACAGGAAUCGUGAGAAAUAGCAAAAGUGAUGAGGUGAAAUCUAGCGCUCUGAAUAGCCUGAGAUUUUUAUUUGUUGAGAAACAGGAACAUUUAGUAGAUGUCCUGAAAGUGAUUAAUAAUGUGCCAAAGGAAGUUGAUUUUGAUACGAUCAGGAGGACACAGAAUGUUAUUGUUAACAUGAACUUUAGCAGUUCAUGCGAAUUGUUGGAUGAAAGUGUUGAAGAUGAAAGUGGACUUGUGAAGGACAUUGAACACUUUUUGGCAAUCAAUAAUCCCAACAUUGACAGCAUUAAGCACCUUAAAGGGCAGUUGUCGAAGCAUCCAGAUAAAGUUGUUGAGAUUUAUAAGCAACUUGGUUCUCAAGAAAACGAUACGAUUCUGCAUAAGCUCACGGAUAUUCUAAUCAAAUGUUCUCAGUCUGACAAUGAUUCUCUGAGUAUUGAAGCGACAAAGUGUCUCAGUGAGAUGGGAUAUUUGGAGUUAAAUGCCACGGAAUCAGUUCCUAAAAACGAUGAUUCUGCAAAGAAACCCAAAAUUGUUUAUGCCGAGGAAUGUCUAAAAGUCUAUGAGAAGAUUGUUGUAGCCCUUCAAGAAUUGCAGCAAGACUGCGAUGUCUUCGUCUCAAAUGCUGCUGCUUCCACGCUCAAUGCCAUCCUUAGUGACUCCGUUGGUCGUGAGAUGAAGCACAUGAAAAAUCGAGAGAUCUUUAUGAGUUCCAAACCAUCGAAGCAAAUGCUCAAUGUCAAUGAAGAUACAGUGGAUAAACAGCCCCUAAAGAAUUUAUUCAGUGUCCAGGAAGGGGAUUCCCAUGAGAAGUGGAUUGAGAGAAUUGCAGGAAAAAUUCUACAAGCUUUUGGCAAUACAUCUCUUCUAGCAAUUGCCAAGCAAAAGCUAUCAUUUGCCGAAUUUCUCGUGCCAACUCUCAUUUCGCUUUUGCUUUCGAUUCACUUCAAACCAAUUAAUGGGGAGAUUCAGCUGUCCGUGAAUGAUUUCUUUGAGAAGUAUGCUGCAGCGAAAGCUGCUAAAAUUCCUGGUAUCAAUCUCAAUAAGAAAUCAAUACAGAUUAUGCUAAGCAUUUGCGACUGCAUUCGAUUUUACAAUGCAGUAUCAUACCAAGAUCAGCACAAUGCCAAAGUUUUUCAGAGAAUUCAGCUGAAUUAUCUACAAAUUGCCGAUGCAGCUUGCUUCAGCGGGAACUACUCGGUUUCCCUGGUUUUUGCAGAAAUGUGGAUAGCCAGUGAACUCAAUAAUGCUGGGAAGACUAAUAAGGACUUACUGGCAACUUCUAUCAGGGAAAUUUUCAUAAAGAAGAGAUUUUCUUCUUUCACAAAUAUUUUCUUUCAGUAA